AUGUCUUUUAGGUAAUGUAUAGGGAAGCCAUUGGCAACUACGGGCCGGCAGCUGCCACGGGCGAGCCUGCUCAACGGGACACUUCCCUGCUCUUAGCUGGGGAGUAGAGGGAGGGAAGCCCCUUCGUCGCGUCGCUUUUCCUAUGGCGGAGCCCGCGCGCCUCAAACGAGCUCUCGCUAGAUGCUUAACGCAGAGAGGUUUCCGGACCUGCGCGCGCAUCUGGAGCUGGGUUGCCCCGCCCCCCUGCCCCGAUCAACCCACAAAGGGAAAGCAAUAAAGUAUCGUGAGAUUUGGGCCGUCUCGCGCGGGGACGGAGGGGGGGGCCCCAAAAUUUAAACUGGAGACCUGGCGGAUCUUUCUGUUGCUUCCCCAGCAGCCGGAACUGGGGACGUUUGCAAGGAGACGCAGGUGAGCGGCAAUUGAGAGGGGGCGAGAGGAGUUUAUUUUCUCUUUCUUUCCGUUUGGCUUUCCUGUUUCUCUGUUUGCUGAGGGAAAUGCUUGGCGGGUGUGGGGGUUAUAGAGAGGGGCUGCUGUGUGGAAGGAUUAUCAGAGGAAGGAUUCUCCCACCACCCCCGCUCCUCCUUCUGUCUCUGCCUUUCUCUAGGAAACCCUUUUGCGAUGGUCGCCAACGGCUUUUUAAAAUGGUCCUGCUCUUGAGUUUUCAGUGGCGCGAGUUGAGGUGAAACACCCCGACCCAAUUGUAUCUCUGUUCUGGGGAGCGGGGAGAUCCACCUGCUGAAUUUAGUGCUAAGAGGCUUUCUUCACUUCUCCUCCCGUAGGCUGCUUCAAAGCAAAUGAAACACAGGGAUGCUCUUCACUCUUGUCUUUUUCCACAUCUCUGCUCAAUUAUCCUUUCCUCCACUCGGUUUCCUCAACUUGCUUCCUUGAGUGGCGCCUGAGCCACUUGCCUUUCUUUUUAAUAAUAUUUUAUUAAUUCCCCCAAAAUAACAAAAAAUAAUAACAAAACAAAUUGACUUCCCUCUAAUCCCUUCCUUAGUUCAAUAAUUUAUCAAGAUAGUGCAUGUCCAUUGUUAAGUUUAUAACAUAUUUAAAUAAUGUAUUAUCCAUUCAUAAUAACAUUACAAGUAAACUUAAAACCCUGCUAAUGUAUUGACCUGUGUACAUUGCCUCUGUAUAUACAGUGGUACCUCGGGUUAAGUACUUAAUUCGUUCCAGAGGUCCUGAAACUGUUCUUAACCUGAAGCACUACUUUAGCUAAUGGGGCCUCCCGCUGCCACUGCACCACCGGAGCACGAUUUCUGUUCUCAUCCUGAAGCAAAGUUCUUAACCUGAAGCACUGUUUCUGGGUUAGCGGAGUCUGUAACCUGAAGCGUAUGUAACCUGAAGCGUAUGUAACCCGAGGUACCACUGUAUACAAUAAACAUUUUCCAUUCUUCCUUAAAUUCAUUAUCUUCUCUUCCUCUUAAUUUCGUAGUCAGUUUUGCCAUUUCAGCAUAUUCCAUUAGUUUAACUUGCCAAUCUUCUUUAGAUGAGGCGCCUUCUUCUUUCCAGUGUUGGGCUAGUGAAGUCCGUGCGGCCUUGAGCCACUUGCCUUUCGAUGAAGUUGGGAAAUGAUGAGGCUGCGCUUCGUCAUGGCAGGCUUUUUUUGCUCUCUCGCUCUGCUCUUAUUUUUACUGUGCUGAAGGUAGGUACAGAUAGCUUGUUGAAAUCCUGAAGCCCAAAUAGCCUGAUGAAGGCCUUUGGCUCCAUUGCUUAGCUGUCAGGCUAGCUUUCCUCUUCCCAUUCCCUCUCCUCCAGCCUUUUGUCACAAAGGGUGGGUUGGAGAGCCUGUGUAGUAGCUCCUAAAUGCUUGCAGGCAUUGGUAAGGAAUAUUUGCCCUCCUUGGUCUCCUGAUGGAAGUGGUCAGAAAAUGAAAGCUUCUGAAAUGUGCAAUUGAGGAGACAACCUCUUUCAGUAAGCAUGGUUAGCUCUAGCUGGAGAUGGGAAGGAGCCAUCCCUACAAAUUACAUUGGGCAUCCAAACACUGAUCCGUCAUAACUGAGAAUGACUCCCAGCCUCCUCUCAACCUCCUAGCUGAAAAAGAGGGCUGUGGCUAUAUGUAAUGAAAUUACAUUAUUUUUAAUUUGGUUUUUAAUGCUGUAACCCCCACCUCAAACAAUAGAACAGGGAAUGAUACUUGAGAACAUGUAUUUCAGAGGUUUAGCACAUGAAUAGGAAUAAGGCUUUGGAUGAGGGGGAGGCUUCUGGCAACCACCAAUACUUGGCUGACUAGGAAAGCUGCCCAGAAUUUGUGAACUACUAAGUGUUAUGUCUUAGCUCUUGAAUUUGUGCUUGCUAGCAGAUUCUAAGGUAGCCCUUUGUGCUAUCUUCAAGGAAAUAGGAUGGAUAUAAUGCAUAUGGCUCAAAUCAGAAUUCAGUCCAAAUUGUUGCAUCAUUGGCUUUUCUGGGCAGCUAUCCCAUGUUUUUAUAUGUGGUCCUAAUUAUUACUUGUAGAGUAAUUGCAACUUAGAUUAUAUUUUGCAACCUAGUUUUAUAUGAGGAACCAUAAAAACUAAAUAUAAUUGUAGGGUGGCAUCCUCUUCUCUUCCGUAUAAAUCGUAGAUAAGAAGUUCUGGGUUGGAAGGAAAGGGAUCAACCCAGUAGCAAGUGAUCCGCUGUAAUACCGUAUUUACUCAGAUCUAAUGCUCACCUUUUUUGGCCAAAUUACAUUGUGAAAAUUAAGGCGCAACUGGAUAGAUUGUAUCUCUGCUUUGUUAUUAAAAUAAUAAACCAUGCAUAGUUGUAGAGAGAGCUCUUUAUAUAAGACUUCCCCUUGAAACAUAUCUGAGAUAAAGAAAAAACCCCUGCACAGUUGUGCUGUGUCUCCCUUCUGGCCCUGAAAUCAUUAAUCUGAAGUGGUACAAUGAAGAUGAGUCACAGCCUAGAUUUCCCAAGUUCCUUUCCAUUCUUGUUGUGAUAGUAGCCACAGGUUCAGGUGAGUUUUGAAUGUUUUAUUGUGAUAGACUGUAUUAUAAUAAGUCCUCAAUCCUAAACAGUGGGUAAAGCAAAUUGAGCAUAACGGGGCUUACUUUUCUGUAAACAUGAUUAGGAUUGCUCUGUAAAUGUUUUUGUUGAGUAUUUAUAGUCUUCUACCCAGAGCGGUUUAUCACUCCCUUAAUAAGGGAAGUCAUAACCUACAGCCCAAUGAAACGUGAUCGCUAUUAAUUUUACCCUUUUAUUUUGAGUAGGCAUCUAUGUACAAACAAUCAAAAGCAUCUAUCUCGUAUGCCUUUCUCUAUUCCUGUUUCCUCUUCGAAGUGUAAAAUAGCAGGAGUGCUUUGUUGCCAAGUCAUCAGCUGUAGAAGUGUGUGUACAGUAAGAUACCAGUUGAAAUGCCCCGAUUGUAUACUAUACAUAGUUAGCAUAGAAUUUUUUAAAUGUUAAUUUUACGUAAUGGAAUUGGGUGUAAACUUUCCAAGAAUCUAAUAUGCUGAGCUCCAAAGUUCAUUAAAGCUUAGUAAACAAUGAUGGGGGGGGGGGACACCCUUGCUUAAUUAUUAUUGUGGCUCGGCUUGUAUUGGAACGCAAAGAGAGACAAGAACUAUGUUGGCCUUGGUUACAGAGAACCACUGUUCUUUGACAGGCUUGUAGGCUUUGGCAGCCAUGGAAAUAGUGAACAGCUGCUCCAAGUAGAUUGAAAAGGAUUUGCAUUUCAAUUAUCUCACCAUGUGAUUUUUACCUAUUCUGGGAGGCAACAGUGAGUGUGAUAGAAAAAGCUGAAGAUUUUUUGGAGCAGAAAGAAGUAGAUUAUUUGCUAAUUAAAAGUCACUGAAUUUUAGUUUACAAUAUCUUAAGAUGGAAUACACUUAAAGGUGAGUUACUAGUCUUUUUAUCUAUAAGAUAGAAUAACAUUGAAAACAUUUCUUUUUGUUUUUUGUUUUGUUCUCAGGGCUGUAUUCUUAAGUUUGUUGUUAAUGUAUAGUGGAUGUCUAAAAGUGGGAUUUUGUGUUCCUGCUGCAGUCCUCCCCCCUCCAAACAACAACAAAAAAUGCAAUUCAAGCUGUUAAUUGAGUUUUAAAAAUCCAUCACAAAGCUCUUGGUUUUGUAUUGAUACUAUAUUUCUUCUUUAGUGACACUUCAUGAUUAUCACUCAGUUUCUACUUUGAAAAUGCACAGGAGUUGCUGAAAGCCCAAAAUGGAGAUUAUCAUGGAGAUUACAGUGCAGACGGAAGCUACCUAGCCUAAUCAAGUUGAAGCGGAUAAAGACACUUAUUUUCACUGUGACUGUGUAAGUAACAGCUAACAUUAGAAAACAUCUUUUACAGUUCACGGAAUCUCAAAUUGCAGGCUGGACGCACUUUACGUGUGCAUCACCAUAUGUUAGUAAUGAGAGCCGUGUAUCAGGGCUGUGCACAGUGCCUACCCCCUCUGCCCCUGAUCAGGCCAGUCUGCCCAGGAACCACCCCCAACCACCACAUUACUUAGACAGUAUAUUUUGGAAAAAGAGCUUUUGUUUUUAUUCUUUCUGUGCCCCAUUAUUAAAGAUACUCUUGUGGUUAGCAGCUAUAUCUGGUUGAGUUUAAAAACUAAAUACUAGGGAUGGGGAAGAUGUGAGCAGAGGGGGCAACGGACAGCUGUUGUUGCUAACAAUGCAGUAAAAGUAACAGCUAGUUUGGCCCUGAGUCUGGAAACUUAGCUUUGCAGUUUCUGUUGUACUCAUCCCUGAGAGGAACCUUCUGUUUUAAAGUUACAAACAGUGCCACAUGAAAAGCAUUAAAACGUGCAAAUUAGUUAGUGCUACAGCAUUGUGCUUCUAGCUUGGACAAAGAUUUUCCCCAUUAUAUUUUCUUGCUUUAUAUGCAGUUAGGUGCAGAGACGCGGGUGGCGCUGUGGUCUAAAACACAGAGCCUAGGGCUUGCCGAUUGGAAGGUUUGCGGUUCGAAUCCCUGUGACGGGGUGAGCUCCCGUUGCUCGGUACCUGCUCCUGCCCACCCAGCAGUUUGAAAGCACGUCAAAGUUCAAGUAGAUAAAUAGGUACUGCUCCGGCGGGAAGGUAAACGGCGUUUCCGUGCGCUGCUCUGGUUCGCCAGAAGCGGCUUAGUCAUGCUGGCCACAUGACCCAGAAGCUGUCUGCGGACAAACGCCGGCUCCCUCGGCCUAUAGAGUGAGAUGAGCACACAACCCCAGAGUCGUCCGCGACUGGACCUAAUGGUUAGGGGUACCUUUUCCUUUUACAGUAUUGUGCUUCUAGCUUGGACAAAGAUUUUCCCCAUUAUAUUGUCUUGUUUUAUAUGCAGUUAGGUGCAGUUUUGCUGAAAAAAUACUUAGGGGCAGUUGCCCACCUACCUGGUAAUCGUGUAUUUGUGCUCAUCCUGUCAUUCUACUGCCUUUCCCCUGCUCUUUGAGAUUAAAGGUCCAUUGAUGUUUUAACUACAGUAGAUUAAUGUCCUUCCCAUUUUCUCACUUUGUUAAAGGGCUAGUCAGUAUCUGAUCUGGUGUCAAGCUAUGAGUGCCAAACACAUGGCUGUUUCUCCGCUGCCCCCAAUCAUUAAAAGACUUCUGGCUCUGGAUUAAAAACUCCUGUGCAUGUGUCCCUAAAUCUAGAGACUGUUUCCCUUUAAUGCUGAGCAUGUAUAACUGAUGAAGUCUGUUGUCUAUUCUUUUAAGAGCUAGGCACGUGUAGCCUCCAUGGCAUGGCCCUCUUGUUUAAAACCACAAGCUUAUCAGAGCUCUUAUCAGUAAAAGCUGAAUUAACAAAAUAGGCUUAAUAUUGUUAAUUGUUUCCUUCAUUUACAUACAGUACAGUGUGA